GCCGAUACUAGACAUGCAGAAUUCUAUGGAGAUAGGGACAACCAACCAGCACUUUGGAGCUCGAGUCAAGGACAAGAAGACAAACAAGCGACAGGAGAAGAUCCAGGAGAAGUUGAGGAAGCUGCAGGAGGUGAUGCCGAGCAGCGGGGAGUGUGGUGGGGACCCCCUCAGGUUAGCCGUGCAGCAUCUCCAGGCUACCCGGGAGAAGAGACGACAACUCAACGCUUACUACCAACAAGGAGGACAGCAGUGGGCGACCCCGCACCACACCAACUACACAGCCGGCUACACAGACAGUGUCAGAGAUGUUAACAGGAUGAUGGUUAACAACCCCACUCUCAGCAACAACGUCAGAGCUAACAUCGCUCAAUUCGUCUCCCACAAGCAAGAGUACAACCGGAGGUCCCCCGGAGGAGGUAUGAGCCAGCUAGGGUUCGAAGGGUCCCCUGUUCAAACUAACCCUAACCUGCGCUACAACUUCUACUACCCUCCUACAAACUCCUCCUCCUCGCCCCAGAUCCAACACGCUCCUUCUACUCCCUAUACUUACUGGAAACCAUGGUAACAUGCUGUACCACCUGGUACUGGUACUGGCAUUGUACCGGUAAUACCACCUUCCUGCUCUGAGAUCGAGACAAUACCGUCAUACGACCUGACCCAAAUCAGAUCUAUCUAACCAGACGGAACAUUAAAGGCAGCGACAAUUAUCUUACUAGAGUUAUCGGUGUCAGGGGAAGGCUUCAUUGACGAAAGCGGCCCCAGAAAGCGUUAUACCGAUGGACAAGCACACACGGCACCGUGAAGAUGUGGUGGUAAAGUUAACAAUAUUACCAUAUAUGGGCAUCACGUGUAACAUACUCAGCCACAAACUUAACCAGACUCGCAGGACUAAGCUAGUUAUGUUGAAGUGAUUAUAAUUUAUACCUCCAACGAGGGCUUAUGUGCUUAUAUAUAGCCCUGACAAAGCUUAAUCCUGAUAUGUUUCUUGUAGCUGUCCUCAGUAAUGUGACAGACGAAUAGGUCGCUAUUUCUGCAAAACAGAGGUCACUUCAAGGAUCAUUUUUCAGACUUGUUGGAUUUCUUUGAACAUUAACAAAUGAACAAAAAAUAUGAUAUUAUGAAAUAUUAACCAGCUUUCAUUGAAAAUUAAUUGCUGAUUUCUUUUAUGAGAAUGAACUCAGAAAAUGUUAUGUAUUUAUGAUAAUAUCACAUUGAGUUUUAAAUUUUUAUCAA